CUUGCUUCUUCAUUAUCCACCAGCGUCGAGACUCUUGCAAAAGCACCUAGACUCUCAAGCGGACAUCAGACUGUUGCAAGAUGGCAGCCUUUCCACCCGGCGGCACCUACUUCGACAACGCCAAGCGCUCCUUCACCCAAGUACCCGUCAACAAGAGCAAAGAAGAUGCAAUUUCCACGACGGAGUUUCUGGAAGCGUCAGAGUCCUUGACUGGCCUGUUCGACGUGCUGGGAAGUGCUGCGUUUAGGCCCGUGAAAAGCGACAUAGUCGGCAACAUCACCAAAGUGCGAAACCGCCAGCUAGAAGCACCCCUGGAGUCCGAAACACUGCAAGACCUCUGCCUCAACGAACUCAAAGCGAAGAAGCAUACCGCAACCGAAGGUCUAAUCUGGCUGAACCGAGCACUAGAUUUCACCGCCCAAGGCAUCCGCCAUAACCUCUCACACCCCACCGAGGAACUCUCAACCUCCUUCCGCGACGCCUACGGCAAUACGCUCAAGCCUCACCACUCUUUCAUCGUCAAGCCCAUCUUCUCCGCCGCCAUGUCCGCGACGCCCUACCGAAAAGACUUCUACCCGAAGCUGGGCGAUGACCAGACGAGGGUGCAGAAGGAGUUGGAUGAAUGGUUGACUGCGUUGGAAGAAAGGGUCAAAAUACUGAAUGCGUUUCUAGGAAGGAAGGAUGUUAUUAAGUGGUAG